AUGACUAGAUUGAACUAUAACAACUAGAUUUAAAGGAAUAAUAUUUAAAUUAAUGAGGAAGAUUAUUCAAUCUCAAAUUUUUUCACGUAUGGUAUUUGGUCUAAAUAUAAUCCAUUAAGUAUAAUAAAAUAGAAUGGGCUUUAUGGAUUGUUUGAUAGUAAUUGUUAUUAGCUUCAUAAUGCAAUUGAUUUUGAAUAGUAAAGUCUAAAUCUGAUUUAUUAUGAUUUUUUAGAUUAUGAAUAACAAUCUAUAACUAAGAUAAUUUAAUUUAUUGGCAAUGACAAUAGAUAACAUAUAUUUGAGAUAAAUAUUGGAGAAUAUGAAUAUGAGAAUAUUUGGUAUUGUUUAUAAAUUUACGCAUGGCCAUAGUUGAAUACAUUUGAUUUAAUAAUAGCAAAAAAUUAAGAUAUUAUAUUAAGAAAAUAAUUAUAGAUAAAAUAUCCUUUUAUGGAUAAUAAUUUGAUUUUAACUUUUGGAGGUAGCUUUAAAGUAGUAAAUUCAAAAAUUACAGAGAUUUAUUAAGGGACUGUAUUUUCAUCAUUUCCUGGUUAGAUAAUAUUGUAAGAGUUUUCAAUUGAAUAAAAAUAACCUAAUUUUGAUCCUGGUUUAUUUAUAGAUGAAGCUUUUCAAAAUAUUAAUGUUUGUAUUUGUGAAAUAGGUGAAGAUGAUAUAAAAAUUUAAGAUUAGAAUAUAAAUUAUUUGGAUUAAUAUGUUUAUGUUUCAGAAUAAAUUAAUUGUGACUCUUUCAUUUUAAUAGGAUGGUUUAAAGUUAUUGAAAUUGUAUCAAUGGAUUAAGAAUAUAAAUUUUAAAUUAUUAAAUUAGGUCCAAAUUUAGAUAGUGAAGUUUAUUAAAAUAACAAUUUAGCAGCCUUUUAAUUAUAUUAUUUAAUCUCUGAAACUACGUUUAAAAUCUUUAUAACAACUUAUAGUUACUUGUUUCCUGGUAUUAAUAUUAAUUUUGAGAACAAUCCUUUUUUAAUAUAAAAAGAAUAUUUAAUUCCUCAAAACUUUAUUAAAAAUUGGCAUUACUUAUUUGUUAAACUAAAAUCUACAUAAUUAUAUAUUUCAAUAAUAUUUUAUUAAAAUGAUAAUAAUUUUGAAAUUAAUGAUGAGAUUGAGGUUAUUUAAUUUACAAAUGUAUAAUUUAAAUUAUAAUAUGGUAAUAUCUAGUAGCAAGAUUGGAACUAUUUAAUUUUCAAAGUUAAUAAUUUAAUUUUAUAUAAUUGUGAAACAAAUAUUAAUAAAUAGGGUUGUCAUUUUAGUUGUAAAGAAUGUGAUGGUCCACUUAACUCUAAUUGUUUGUCUUGUCAUGAAGAUUCACAAAGGAUUUAUUUAUCUGAAUAUAAAGUUUGUAUUUGUCCUUCUAAUUCAAUUGAUAAGGAUGAGAAAUGCCUUACAGAUAAAAAUUAAAAAUUUUCAAUAAUAGAAUAAAAUAAUGAUGACAUCAAUAAAAAUUGUAAAUAAGGCUUUUUUGAACUUGAUGGAGAAUGUUAUAAAUGGUAGAUAUUAUAGUUAAUAAUUAUAGUCCUUCAAUAAUUAGUGAGAAUAGUAUUAGUUGUUAUGAAUGUUAUAAAAAUCCAUAAGGAUGGAGUUCUAAUCCAAAUUGUGAUACGGAUCUUUAUUUGAAAGCAUCAGGAACUGUAGAAGAUACUAUGAUUAGAACUUAUAGCUUUUUUUAUUAAUUUGAUGGAUUAGAUUUAAAUUUUUGUUAUUAUUGUUGGUAAAUAAAAGAAAUUUAAAAUGAGGAGGGUAAUUACAAUUUAUAUUAAUAUUUAUCUUUUGGAUUUAUAAACUUCUGCUAAAUUGAAGAGAUAAGAAUAAAUUCUAAUUAAUGUUAUGUUUGUACAAUAGAUUUUUGUCAAGAUUGUUAUAUAACUUUAUUAGGAAUGAGAUGUUUAAGAUGUCUAGAUAGUUAUGAAUUUUUUAAUGGAAAAUGUAUACCUAAUAUUUUUAUUAAUCCUUAUCCAAAAGAAGAUAAUCUUGAUAAUUGUUUACCUCCAUUUUAUAUUACAUCUAAAUAAUAAUGUAUUUUAUGUCCAAUAAUAAAUUGUGUCUAUUGUUUUGAAUAUGUAGAUAAUUUUCUAGAAGCAAACUCAUUAAAAUCUAAUAAUUUAUUUAUUUAUCAGGAGGAUUUAAAAAUUGCUUGUGCACUUUGUAAAUAAAAUUAUUUAUAUGAUUUCACAUUAAAAAUAUGCAUAAUGUAGGAAACUCAAUUACCUAAUUGUUUAAGAUCUUUCAUUGAUUUAAAUAAUUAAGAAUUAUGUACAUUAUCUUCAAUUGAUUUUUCAAAUUCUCCAGAAAUGAAUGAUUGUUUUAUUCACAUUUCUAAUUGUUAAUAAUGUUUAUAAUAUCAUUCAAAUAUUAUAUGUGUUGUUUGUUAAUAAGGAUAUGUUGUGGAAUAUGAAUAAUGUAUUUAAAAUGAAGAAUUAAUAUAGCCAAGCUAUUAAUUAUAAAGUUGGAGAAUGUAAGUAGAAAGUUUUAGAUUGUAAUUUGCACCUUUGCUUUAAGAUUUUGAUUAUUAAAUUAUGGAUAUAUAAAAUAAAUGUGAUCCAAAUUGCUUACAUUGUUAAAUAUAAUCAAUAUAUUAUUGUGAAUUAUGUAGUUUGAAUUAUUUUAAAUAAAGAAUGAGAGUUGAAAGAGGAUAAAAAUGUUCUGAUUGUCCAUAACUUUGUUAACUAUGCAUUUAAAGAUCACAAGAAGAUAUUUAAGUAAUUUUAUACAUUUAAUAUUAGUUAAUAUCCCCUUAAUUUGAAAUUAAUGAUGAAAAUUUCAUUUACACUAAAUCCUGUUUAAAACCUUACAAUCACCCAUUAAUUAAUUUUAAUCCAUAUUAUUAAAUAUCUAAAUAUUGUAUUAAUUAGAUAUGUAAUUACUAUGUUUAAAUUGAUAGGGUUCUUAAUUUAUGUGACCCUAUUAGAUUUUUUAAUUUUGGCUAUUAGGAUUAUUUUGACAUAGAUUAUUUCAAUUAAUUGGGAAUUAAUUCUAUACUCUUAAACUCUACAUUUCAAAUUCGAGAUUAAUUAUGUUUUAGUCCUUUUUCUAUUCUUGCCUAAAACAAUUUAAAAAAGAAAAUAUUUUCAUUAUAAGAAAUUAAAUUAAUCUUAAACUCCAAGAAUACUCUUUUCUUUUAAUUGUUUGGCUUAAUUUAAAUAUUUUUAUAUGAUUCAAUAUUUAUUGAGAAUAUAGGUUUUAUAUUUGAUACUUAUUCAGUUGGAUAAUUUAAAUUCAUCAAUAAUAAUUAAAAAGUGGACAUUACUUUAAAAGAUUUUAUUAUUUAAGAUAGUUACUUAUAAAAUGCUGAUUCUAUUUUAAAUACACUGAUUUUUGGUAAUAUCAAAUUUAUUAAUGUUACCAUUUAGAAUACAAGUAUUUUGAAUUCUUCAUUUCUCAAUUUAGAUUUUUGGAAUUUUGUAGGUUAAAUUAUUAUUGAAACUAUGACCAUUUCAAAUUCAAUAAUUGUUAACUCUUAAUUAUUUAAAUUUUCAAAAAGUUAAUUUACUAUACUAAUUAAAGAUGUGAAGAUUGAUUAAUGCGAAUUGUUUAAUUCUUCACUUUUUCACUUUAAUACAAAUAGUUAUAAUUAUACUAACCUUAUUUUCUAAAACUUAAAAAUAAAAGAUAGUAAAUUUAUUAAUUCCUCUUUUUUAGAUUGUUCUAGCUAAAUGGCUCUUAAAAUUAAUAAUUUUUCAUUUAUAAAUAACUUUUUGUCAAAUUCUAUAAUCAUAGGAUUUAGCUAUAAUUUAUCAUUAUUUUAAAUUGAGGUAAUAGAUAAUGUAUUUGUUGAUUCAUAGUUUCUUUCUACAAUACAAAUGCUAUAUGAUUUGGAUAUGCCUUGUAAAAUAUAAUAUUUUAAAGCAAUUUCAAAUAAGUUUCAAAAUUCUAAUUUAUUUCUAAUAUUUUCAACUUAUCAAUUGAGUAGUUUAAUAAUUGAAAUAUCAGAUUUAAUACUUGAAUAUAAUUCAAAAUCUAAUAAUAGUAAUUAAUCAAUUUACUUGUUUAACAUAAAUUGUUAUUCAAUUUUAAUACAAGAUGUUAAAAUCAUUAAUUCAAAUGAUAUUCACAUAUUUUACUUGUUUGAAAAUUAAAAAAUAAUUAUUGAAAAUGUUCUAUAUGAAUAGUAAGAAAUUAAAAAAAAAGUUUAAUUAUCAUAGAAUUGUAUUGAAUAGGUUCCAACUAAUUAAUUACUUUAAAUUUUAGGUUUUAUAAAUAUUGUUUUAUAAAAUCUUAAAGUUCUGAAGUAAAUUAGCAUAGAUGAAACAAUAAUUUAAAUAACAUAGAGUAAAUAAUAAUUAAGUGAAAUUAAUAGACAGAUCAAAAUCUCUAACCUAAUAUUUUAUGGAAAUCUUUUACUAUAGUCAUUUUAAAUUAUUCCUCUUUCACUUAUUACUAUUAAUUCUGAUUAAAAUGUAAAUAUUCAACUAGAAAACAUAGAAUUUUAAAAGAAUUUUAUACAUGUUUAUUAAGAGGGAUCUUUACUUUAUUCGGCAGGACUGAUAUAUAUUACAUCUACAUAAAGUCAAGUAAUAAUUAAAGAUUUAUUGUGUUUAAAGAAUGCAUUUACAAAUUCAUCAAACUCUUUUAUAAUUGUAACUGCAGAUUCAGUAAAAUUAUAUAAUAUUGAAGUGAAUUAUCAUAAUGUAUUAUCUUUAAAUUUGUGGUAAGAAUACUAUAAUAUUUCUAUUGAAAUUGAUAAUAGUUAAGAAAAGGUAAAUUAAUUUAUUUCUUAAGUCUUCUAAAUUAAAACUAUUGGAGGAGUAUUCUAAAUAUCUGCUUCGAAUAUUUUUUGUAUAAAUUCUAGGUUUACUUCAAUAUAUGCUUCAAAAAGUUAAGUUUUUGAUAUUAUAACCUUUGGUUCAGGGAAUAUAUAUCUAGAAAAUAUCUUCAUAAAUUCAACUUUAAGUGAUUUAAUAUCGAAAUCAAAAUCAUCAGGUUGCAUAAAUAUUAAUUCAUAGACUAGUUUACUGAAUCUUUCUUUAAUAAAUAUUGUAUUUUUUCAAGUUUAAAAUAGAAUAACUUCAUCAAUAUUAUCGAUAUCACCUUCUUCAUUUUCAAAUUAACUUUUAUUCAAAAAUAUUAUUAUAGAAAAUUGUAUAUCCUUACUUAACUAAAUUAUCAAUAUACCAUUCUACUAAUCAAUUGCAGAGUUGAAUUAAUUAACUUUUUAAAAUAUUAAAAUUACAUAAAAUUUAGAUGCUAUGAUCAAAUUUUUUUAGUCUGUAAAAAGUUUAUCAUCAAAUGAGGUUUUAGAAAUAACAGGAAUCAAUAAUGCUGCAUUAGUAUUAGAAAACUGUAUUACUUAAAUAAAUGGUUUAAUUUUUGAAGGAAUAUUUAUAGGAAGACUUUUAAAAUUUAUAAAUAAUCCUAGGUUAAUAAUUAGGAAUUGUAAAAUAGAAAAUAUAUAAGCACUUUAUUCUCUUGAUUUAAUAUACAUUAGUUAAAAUAUUUAGUAAAAGUCUAUAAUUUAUUUCAAUUAACUCAGUAUAUCAAAGGUGAGUCUACUUGAGAUUAAAUUAAAUCAAAUUUUUCAAGAGAAAAACUAUAUUUAUUCUAUUUUUGGAUGUAUUUUGGAUAAGUAAAUUGAGAUUAUAGAAGAAUAACAUGAUUAUCUAAAAGAGAACAUAAUAGCAUUAUAAUAAUCCUAACAAAAUUAAAUAAAUUCUCUAUUAUAUAUUUAAUGUACAUCGAAUUUAAAUGAAUUAUAUUUUAAUUUCAUUAAAAUUUAAUCGAAUAAUUGUACCACUUGCUCUAAAGGAAUUGUAUAAAUUGAAAUUGAAAACUUUAAGAAAUUUGUUUUAUUGUAAGUAAAUUGUAAUUUUAAUUCAAUAAAAAAUUUUGGAUGUUUAAAUUUUUAAUCAUAAUUGUAGAUUUAAUCUAAAAUUAUUAUUCAUAAUUCAAACUUUAUCCAUAAUAUAGGUGGAGAUGGAGUGGCAAUUAGAGUUUUAAAAGUUCCAUUAAUUAUUAAAUAAUGUAAAAUACUCUAUAAUAUGGCUAAUGAAAAAGGAGGAGGGUUUUAUAUAGAAUUAAAUUCUAAUAUAUUUUUAAUUAAAGAUACAAUUAUUAUAAAUAAUAGAGCUAGGAUAGGAGGAGGAAUAUAUUUAGUUGGUGAUGCUAAUUUGAAUAAAGCAAAUUUAAUUAAUUCAACUUUAAUUUAUAACACUGCAAAAGUUUAUGGUAAUAAUAUUGUAGAAUAACCAACUCAUUUGGCAUUAUAAAUAAAUAAUAAUGAAUAGCCUUCUUCCAUUUUUAUGGAAAAUAAUACAAAAUUAUAUGUAUUGCAUCUAUAAGCUUAUAAAACAAUAGAAUAGAGUAUUUAAAAAAUUUCAAAUAACUUGAUGAUUCCAAGUAAUUAAGAAAUUUAAAAUUAUGCUUUAUUUUACAUAAAAGAAAAAUAAUAUAUUACUUAUAUUAAAGAAAUAUGUCUUUAUUUCAAGAAUAGUUAUAAUGAAGUGGUUUUAGAAUUGAAAGAUUCUUCAUGCAUUGUAUAUGAAUAUAUUUUGUCAAAUAGUUAGAGUAAAGGCUUGAUUUCAAGUAAAAAUUAAACAUUAUAAUUUAAUUAAUAAAAAAAUUGUUUUGAUAUUGGUCCUUUAUCUUUUAGUUUAGAUCCUUACAAUUAAAGUGAGAAUUAUUUACAAAUUUUCCUUAGUUGUAAUUCAGGUUUAUCAAAUAAAAAUUUAAAAUAUAUAAUAAAUGCAAAUAGUUUUAAAUGUUAACUUGGAGAAUUCUAUAUAGAUAAUGGAUGUUAGAUUUGUAAUUCAAAUCAAGGAUUUUAUUCUGUAACAUAUGAUGCUGUUAAAUGUUCGAUUUUUGAUAAAACAAAAUUUUAGAACAUAACAUCAAACAUGAUUUAAUUGUAAAAAGGUAAUUGGAGACCAAAUUAUUAUUCUGAUUAUUGUUAAUCAUGUUUUAAAAACUUAGAUUUCUGUAUUGGAGGUUGGGAUGUUGGAAAUUAAUUAUGUAAAGUUGGACAUAUUGGAGGUUUAUGUGAGGAAUGUGAUGUUAAUAAUAUUAUGGGUGAUGGAUAUUAUUUUAAGAAUUAAUGGGAUUUAAGUUGUUUUAGAUGUUUUGGAAUUGAUAAUGGAGUACUUCCAUUUCUAUUGGCCUUAAUUUAGUAAUAAUUAAUAUAAUAUUGUUUAGAGCUUUAGUAUCUAUAACUUUGACUUUGAGAAGUAUUCAAAAAUCAAAUAGAUUAUUUGCAUCUCUGAAAAUUGGAUAAAAGUUUAGUAAUAUAAUUUUUAGAUUAAAUCAAGGUAUAUAUUUAUAUUUAUAAUUAAUUAUCAGAUCAUGAAAGUAUAUUACUUAAAAUGUGGCUAAAUUAUUUGUGGAUAUUCUCAGUGAUUUUCACAUUUAAUAUUAAUUUUAAAUUUUAAUUUACCUUAAUUGAUUCAACUAGUAAUAGUUUUUACUUUAUGGCAUACAAUUUAGAUUGUUAUUUAUCAAAUUCUGGAAUUCAUUUAAUAUAUAUAAGAAUUUUCUUGAUCAUAUUUUUAAUGUUGAUAUAAUUCUUAAUAAUACUAAUAGCAUCAUUCAUUUAUUAAAAAGUUAAAAAAUAACAAAUUGAUUAUAGUAUUCUAUCAACAACAUUGCUCUAUUUAUUUGUUUUUAAUUAUGGAGGAUUAAUUAAAAUGUAUAAAUUUUCUUCUUAAAUUUUAUAAGGUUGUGUUCAAUAGUAUCAAUUCGAAAGAUUUCAACUAUUGAUUAUAUAUAAGGAGAUGUUUCAUUAAAAUAUGGUACUGAUGAUCAUCUUCUAUGGAUUACAUAUUUAAUAAUACCUGGAUUAUUGUUAUUCGGAUGUCUUAUACCUUUUGGUUUGUUUUUAUUGAUGUAUGCUAAAAGACAUUAAUUUGACUUAAUUAGAAUAAGAAAACAUAUCUGCUAUCUAAUGAAUGAAUAUGCUCAUCCGAGUUAUUUUUGGGAAUUCAUUAAAAUUUCAAAUAAAGCAAUAAUAAUACUUAUUACUACUUAUUAUGAAACUAAUGUAUUACUCAAAGCUUCCUUAUUGGGAUUGUGUCUACUUUUUUAUCAAAUCUUAGCAGACAAAAAUAAACCAUAUUAUUUAUCUAAGUUUAAUACUUUAGAUUUAAGAACUGGAUAACUUUGUUCAAUAUCAAUCUUCCUUGCUGCUAUUAAAUAUUUUAGUGAAGAAAUUAGUCACGAAAUCUUAUCUGUAAUUCUUUCUAUUAUUAUAAUUCUUCUUUGCUUUAAAUUAUGCUUUCCAUUUAUUAUGGAUAUUCUUAAAGUUUAUUAUAAGAAGUUUAAAUCUCCAAUCAUAUCAUGUUUAAUUUCACUCAUUAAUAAAGUUUUUAAAAAUUCUAUGAUCUCCAGAUACUUAGUUUCUGUUUUACAAUAAUGGAAGUUAAGUGACGAAAGAUUAAAACUUAAUUACACUAAAUUAAGAUAGAACUUGUUUACUAAAUCUAAAAUUAUGACAAGAUCAAAAAAGUAUAUUAUAAAUAUAUAAUUAAUUAGAUUAUCAUUAUCUUUUUUCAAUUCAACCUAUAAUAAGAUAUUCCAAUAAAAUAGUUUUGGAUGUUUUAUGGGAUUAGAUUAAGAUUGA